AUGGUUGGAGGAGGAGGUGCGCAGAAGUUAACUACGAAUGAUGCGCUUGCGUACCUUAAAGCCGUCAAGGAUAAAUUCCAGGAUAGACGUGAAAAAUAUGACGAGUUUCUUGAGGUCAUGAAGAAUUUUAAAGCUCAGAGAGUUGAUACAGCUGGUGUCAUAACAAAGGUAAAGGAACUCUUCAAAGGGCACCAAGAGUUGAUUUUGGGUUUCAAUACCUUUUUGCCAAAGGGUUUUGAAAUCACACUCCAACCCGAGGAUGGGCAACCUCCACAGAAGAAACGCGUUGAGUUCGAGGAAGCAAUUAGUUUUGUUAACAAGAUUAAGGCAAGAUUUCAGGGCGAUGAUCGUGUAUACAAAUCGUUUUUAGACAUCUUAAACAUGUACAGAAAGGAUAGCAAGUCCAUCACUGAGGUCUACCAAGAGGUUGCCAUCCUAUUUCGAGAACAUACUGAUUUGAUUGUGGAGUUUACUCACUUUCUGCCUGAUACUUCUGCGACGGCCUCUAUUCAUUCUGUUAAAACUCCAGUUCGUGACAGAGGGAUAAUGCAUCAAAUGAACUCUGAUAAGGUUCUUCUCAGACUUUGUUUUAUCAAGGACCGGAUCAUUAGUGCAGAGCAUACUGACAUAGAGCGUGAGAGACCUUUGAUGAGAGAGAAUAAAGAACAUAUGAGGGUUAGUGACAAGAAAAAUGAGCAUAAGGAUGCAAGAUAUUUCAAACCUGAUAGCCAAAAAGAACAGUUUCUCAACAAGAAGCAGAAACUACAAAUUAGAGGCGAUGAUUCGGCUGAUAUUUCCAAUCAAGUCAGGGAAGGAGACAAAUUUUCUGGAGCAGUUCCUAGUUCAUCUACUUAUGGUGAAAAAGGUGCCGUGAAAAGGUAUAAUCAAGAGAUAGCUUUUGUUGAUAAAGUUAAGGAAAAGCUUAAUACCUCGGAGUACCAGGAGUUUUUACGUUGUCUUAAUCUCUUUUCAAAAGAAAUAAUCAGCCAACCAGAAUUGCAGUCUUUGGUAGGAGAUUUAAUUGGCGUAUAUCCAAACCUCAUGGAUUCCUUUAGAGACUUUUUGGUGCAAUGUGAAAAGAAUGAAGGACUGCUUUCUGGUAUUGUGACUAAGAAAUCCUUGUGGUCUGAAGGCAAACAUCCUCAAACGUCACCGGAAGAUGAUAGGGAGGUAGAACAUAAGAGAGAUGGAGGGACAAGAGACAGAGAUAAUGACAAGGAGAGGCUUGAAAAAGCAGCCGCAAAUCAGAAAUGGGCAAAGCCGAUCAGUGAACUAGAUCUCUCAGACUGUGAACAAUGCACUCCUAGUUAUCGGUUACUUCCAAAGAAUUACCCAAUUUCUAUUGCAAGCCAGAAGACAGAGCUUGGUAACCUGGUGCUCAAUGAUCACUGGGUGUCGGUCACAUCAGGAAGUGAAGAUUAUUCAUUUAGCCACAUGCGCAAAAACCAGUAUGAAGAGAGCCUCUUCCGAUGCGAGGAUGACAGGUUUGAGCUAGACAUGCUACUAGAGUCCGUGAAUUCUGCUACAAAGCACGUGGAAGAAUUAUUGUCAAAGGUUAAGAGUAAUGAUCUGAAGACCAACAGCCCUAUCCAUGUCGAAGAUCACCUCACAGCUUUAAACCUAAGAUGCAUAGAACGGUUAUAUGGUGAUCAUGGGCUUGAUGUGAUGGAUGUGUUAAAGAAGAACGUGUCUCUUGCUUUACCCAUUAUCUUAACUCGUCUGAAACAAAAGCAAGAAGAGUGGGCAAUGUGUCGUUCUGAUUUUAACAAAGUCUGGGCUGACAUAUAUGCCAAGAACUAUUACAAGUCACUUGAUCAUAGAAGUUUCUACUUCAAACAGCAGGACUCAAAGAAUCUGAGCAUGAAAGCAUUGUUGGCAGAGAUAAAAGAGAUUACUGAAAAGAAGGGAAAGGAGGAUGAUUCACUUCUUGCUUUUGCAGCCGGAAAUAGACAUUAUGUUUCCCCUGAUUUGGAGUUCGAUUAUCCGGAUCCUGACCUUCAUGAAGAUCUUUACCAGCUGAUCAAGUAUUCGUGUGCAGAAAUGUGCUCUACCGAACAGUUAGAUAAGGUAAUGACUAUUUGGACAACCUUCUUGGAACAAAUAUUUGGUUUUCCUUCACGUCCCCAGGCUACUAUAGACCGAGAAGACGUUGUCAAGUCCUCGAGCCAGGAUGUAAAAAGUGGUAGUGCAAAUAUUGAUGAGGGUGAGGGAAGUCCUCACAAUUGUGCUAGUGUUGCCGACUCUAAGCGCUCGAAGGCAUCUCGAAAAAUUAAUGAACGUAAUCAGGUGGGACAAAGUAGUACUUCGGGUAGGGAUGGCAUUACUGGGAGGACCCCAGACGCCUUGUGUGACACUGCUGAUCUUGAGAAAAUGCAGAAGAAUGUAGCUACGCCUAAUGAAAGGCCUGAAAGUAAACAAGCUAUUUCUAUUGAGCGUGUACACAAUUCGACUGCACUCUCUGUGGAUGGAUUAUUAGACCAAAGUAAUGGAGAAAGUAGCAUAGUACACAUGGCAGGGCUGUGCAAUAAUAGUCUGAAGCCUAGUGGUGUGACCAGUGGAACAGAGUUGGAGUUGAAGAUAACUGAUGGAAAUGGGCCAAAACUAGAGGUUGGUAACAAGAAAGUAUUGACAAAUGGGAUCUCGGGAGAUAUAACAAGUAAUCAAGAGAUGGCGGGGACAUCCAAAGUUGAAAGAGAAGAAGGUGAACUUUCUCCUAAUGGAGACUUUGAGGAAGAUAAUUUUGCAGUUUAUGCAGAAAGUGGUUUGGAGGCCAUCAGCAAAGCGAUUGAUAAUGCUGGAAAUAAGUUAGACCAAGAAAAGGAACCGUGUUGUCUGGAGACAGUGGCUGAGAAUGAUGGUGAAGGUGAUGAAAGUGCCGCAAGAUCAUCAGAGGACAGCAGAAAUGCAUAUGAGAAUGGUGAUGUUUCUGGAACAGAGUCUGGUGGUGGUGAAGAUCAGGAGGAUGAUUUGGAUCACAAUAACAAGGGAGAUAGCGAAGGCGAGGCUGAAGAUAUGGCUGAUGCACAUGAUGCCGAAGAAGAUGGGUCUGCCUUACCCUUUUCAGCACGAUUCUUGCUGAAUGUAAAGCCCUUAGCAAAAUAUGUUCCUUCAGAUUUAGCUUUGCACGACAAGGACAAAGAGUCUCUGAAAAACCCCCAAGUCUUCUAUGGGAAUGAUUCGUUUUACGUGCUUUUCAGGCUUCACCGGAUGUUGUACGAGAGAAUACUAUCAGCAAAAGUUAACUCAUCAUCCCCGGAAGGGAAGUGGAAGACCUCAAAUACCAAAAAUCCUACCGAUUCCUAUUCCAGAUUCAUGGCUGCUCUCUACAACUUAGUUGAUGGCACAUCUGACAAUCCAAAGUUUGAAGAUGACUGCCGAGCUAUAAUCGGGACCCAGUCUUAUGUUCUCUUCACAUUGGAUAAAUUGAUCCAUAAAUUCAUCAAACAUCUCCAAGGAGUAGCAGCUGAUGAGACGGACAACAAACUUCUUCAGCUAUAUGCAUAUGAGAAAUCCAGAAAGCCUGAAAAAAUUGCUGAUGGUGUUUAUUACGAUAAUGUCCGAGUGCUCCUCCCAGAUGAGAAUAUUUAUCGUAUUGAAUGUAAAUUAUCAACGCCAGCCAAACUCUCUAUUCAGCUUAUGUGUGACGGUCUUGGUAAGCCCGAUGCGACAGCUGUAUCCAUGGACCCGACUUUUGCAGCUUAUCUCCACAAUGACUUCCUCUCCAUAAAACCGAAUGCAAAGGAGAAUCCCAGGAUCUAUUUAAAGAGGAACAAGCGUAAAAUUGGUGGUGAGGAUGAACAGUUAUACAACACAGAUGGAGUUAAGAUUAAAAAUGGGCUGGAGUGUAAGAUAGCCUGCAGUUCUUCAAAGGUCUCCUAUGUAUUAGAAACAGAAGACUUAAUGAAGAGAUCGGAGAUGGCUCUCUCACGACUUUCUUCGCGAUCUAACAAUUUCCUCAAACCGGUGGCCACCGCUUUACCGUCUUCGAUUCGCCGCCAUGUUUCCACGAACAUAUCGCCGAUCACAAUCGAAACCGCCGAUCCUUUCACAGCGCAUCUAUGCGAAGCACCGUCACGCGCCGUCGAGACUUCGUCGGAGGAGAUCCUCUCUUUCUUCCGUGACAUGGCUCGGAUGAGGAGGAUGGAGAUCGCCGCCGAUUCACUCUACAAGGCGAAACUGAUCCGUGGGUUCUGCCAUUUGUACGACGGUCAGGAGGCUUUAGCUGUCGGAAUGGAGGCUGCGAUUACUAAGAAGGACGCGAUUAUUACAUCGUAUCGAGACCACUGUACUUUCAUAGGUCGUGGUGGUGAGCUUGUUGAUGCUUUCUCUGAGCUUAUGGGAAGAAAAACAGGUUGCUCUAAUGGUAAAGGAGGAUCUAUGCAUUUCUAUAAGAAGGAUGCUUCGUUUUACGGUGGACAUGGGAUUGUUGGUGCUCAGAUUCCGUUGGGAUGUGGUUUGGCUUUUGCUCAGAAGUAUUCAAAGGAAGAAGCUGUGGCUUUUACAUUGUACGGUGAUGGUGCUGCCAAUCAGGGACAGUUGUUUGAGGCCUUGAAUAUUGCUGCUCUUUGGGAUUUGCCUGCUAUUCUUGUUUGCGAGAAUAACAAGUAUGGAAUGGGAACGGCUACAUGGAGAUCGGCCAAGUCUCCGGCUUAUUUCAGGCGUGGAGACUAUGUUCCUGGCUUGAAGGUGGAUGGUAUGGAUGCACUAGCUGUGAAACAGGCAUGCAAGUUUGCCAAGGAGCAUGCGCUCAAGAAUGGACCUAUUAUCCUUGAGAUGGACACCUACAGAUACCAUGGUCACUCUAUGUCUGACCCAGGAAGCACCUACCGUACACGUGACGAAAUCUCAGGCAUCAGACAGGUGCGAGAUCCGAUUGAAAGGGUGCGGAAGUUACUCAUGACUCAUGACAUAGCUACAGAAAAAGAGCUUAAGGACAUGGAGAAAGAAAUAAGGAAAGAAGUAGAUGACGCAGUAGCUAAGGCCAAGGAGAGCCCGGUACCAGAUUCAUCUGAGUUAUUCACAAACAUAUACGUGAAAGACUGCGGACUUGUGUCAUAUGGAGCAGACAGAAAAGAAGUUAAAGUAACACUUCCAUAA